AUGGCUUUGAGUGUAUUCGGAGGUACGGCCUGGCGGUGGAACGAAAAACGACAACAAUUCUACUACGGAGGAUUCUCGCCGGGGCAACCAGAAUUGAACUUGCGAGACCCAAACGUUCUAGACGCCCUGAAGGACGUUAUCCGGUUCUGGUUAGAUUUUGGAGUCGACGGAUUCCGAGUGGAUGCCGUCCCGUUUUUUUAUGAGGACGAACAGCUCCGAGACAACCCGUGGGUCUCUCCGAGUAAGGAGAAUUCGACGGAUUUCAACGAUCAGAAUCGCAUCCACAACUUCAAACAUCCAGAUAAUCAUCAGCUUAUCCAUCAAUGGCGCUUGCUCAUGGACGAGUAUAGUGCGAGAGAUAACAAGCAAAGGUUGAUGACGAUAGAGGCGUACGAGUCGCCUGAGGAACUUCAACAAUACUUCGGGAAUGCGACUUAUAAAAUGUCCCACUUUCCUCUUUACUUUGGACUGGUCACCAUAAAUUCUACGUCUGACGUCACAUUUUUGGAUGAAAUCAUUCAUGAUUUCAUUGACAAGAUGCCACCGCAUGGUAUCCCGAGUUGGGUGGCAAGCAACCACGACAAUUCGCGUCUUGCGAGUAGGGUGGAUUCGGAGUUCGCAGAGGCUAUGCUCAUGGUUCAGUUACUGCUGCCCGGGGUAGGCGGAAUCUACUACGGAGAGGAGAUCCGCAUGCGGGAUAUCUACGUUCGCCCCGAUCAAAAGAAAGAUUUAACUUUUACAAACCAUCCUGCAUGGGGCCACCUCACCCGUGACCUAUGCAGAGGGCCCAUGCAGUGGGAUCAGUCCAUCAAUGCAGGAUUUUCAACGAGUAAAACGCCAUGGCUGCCUGUAAAUGCGGAUUAUUGGCGAAACAACGUAGCAAACCAACUUGCGGACCCUAGGAGCACGCUGAACACUGUCAAACGACUUUUGAGAUUGAAAAAGUCACCUGUAAUCGAAUCUGGCAAGUUGAAAACGUGCAAAGUGUCAAAAUGGCUGUACAUGUUUACUAGGGAUUUAGAAGGCGAGCCACCGGUUGUAGUGAUUAUUAACCUUGGAACUGAGGUGGAACCCAUGUGCCUGAAUGAAUGCAAUCAUUCUUUACACGGGAUAAUGGAAGUUCACACGGCCAGUCCAAAUUCCGGUUUCAGCAUUGGAGAUCCGGUUGAAAUUCUGAGCGGCAAUUUAUCACAAUGCUCUGCCCUCCGUCCAAAAGCAGGGGUUGUUUUGACUUCGCCUGGCGCUUUUUCCGCCGGCCACGAGACACGCGCAGCACCUUCCCUGUUGAUUCCAUUAAUAUCGUUAUCGUGCAUAGUCAGUCUUAGUUAUAUAUUCAAAGUGCAAUGAAGUUGAUUGACGUCUAUUCUGCCGUCUUUAGGAAAAACGCCGUGUGAACAUUCGAGAGCUGCCAAAUUUCCCCUCUUAAAUAUCAAUUUUUGAGACAAAUAAUGGAUAUUUCUGCUUGAAAUUCUCUGAUACUUUACGGGAAUAUUGCGAAGAAAAUUCACUGGAAAAUUGGACUGAAAAUGUUUACAAAUCUCUUGAAAAUUCGUAUUUUACCAAAAAAAAAUUGGCAACGCACGAAG